AUGGGUGAUCAUUUCCUUAUUCUCAUGACCUAUACACAUAUAUUUGUUGAUUCAAGGGUCUUUGAUGGAAAUAAAGGAAGAAAUGACAUUGUAAAGCGAAGUCUCAAUAAAUAUGCCAAUGCAAGAUAUAUCCGCUUCCAGCCAACAACCUAUUCAGGAUAUAAGGGUUUACGAGUAGAAGUAUAUGGAAUUCGUGUGAUCAGAGUUCCAUCACAAGCCCCAAGUAGUUUCACUUUGACUGCAAGCUCUUCUACAAGCAUUACAGCAUCGUGGCAGUUACCAUCAGGAAUUGCUAGACAAGGAAAGAUAAGAGGGUUUAAGCUGUUCUUCAGAAAGAAAGGUUCUGCAGGGUCAGUAACCACUUUGACAAUCAACAGUGGAGCAACACUGAGUAGCAUUGUCACUGGACUUGAUGAGUACACAGAGUAUGAAUUUCAAGUGUUGGCCUUCACUUCAGCAGGGGAUGGACCAAAGAGUUCUCUCAAGGUGCAGAGAACAAUGGAAGAUGCUCCAUCACAACCUCCCAGCAAUUUCAUUGUGACUGCAAUUACUUCUACAAUCAUGAGAGCUUCCUGGCAGUUACCACCAGUAGGCUCCAGAAAUGGAAUCAUAACAGGAUUUAAAUUGUUUUUCAAAAGGAAAAGUUCUCUAGGUGCAGCAACUGUAACAACUAUCAAUAGUGGGUCAGCUAAUACUAAAGAUGUUACAGGGCUUGUGAAGUACACAGAAUAUGAAUUUCAGAUGUUGGCCUACACUUCAGCUGGAGAUGGACCAAAGAGUUCUUCCCUGGUGGAGAGAACUUUAAAAGAAGAUUGUGUUGAACUGGAUCUUGGAAUGGAAGGUGCAAAAAUUCAAGACAAUAAAAUAACUGCUUCCUCUGAACAGAGUGCCAACACACCAGCCAAGAAUGGUCGACUGAACUACACAUCAGGAUCAUCCUGGUGUGCAGGAACGAGUGACACUAACCCACAUCUGCAGAUUGAUCUACAGACUCUUCAUAUCAUCUGUGCUGUGUCUACUCAAGGGAAUUCUAAAGCAGAUCAGUGGGUGAAGACCUACAAACUACAAUUAUCCACAGAUGGGACAACUUGGACAGACUACAAGGAAGGUGGACAAGUUAAGGUUUUAGAUGGAAAUGUUAAUAGAAAUUCAGUGGUUAAACAUACUGUCUAUGGAGUCUUAACAAGGUAUCUGCGAUUCCUGCCACAAACACACCAGGGUGGAGUGUGUAUGAGAACAGAGGUAUUUGGGGUGACACAAAAGCCAAGAUGCUCUAUGCAGGCCAUUGGUGUAGCCAGGACUGGUACCAUUCCAGACAGCAGCUUCUCCUCCUCGUCAAGGUUUAAUUCAGCAUAUGCAGCUAAAUAUGGUCGCUUAACUGGAGCAAGGUCAUGGGCACCUAAUGGCAACAAUAAUGCUAAUGAUUACCUUCAAAUUGACCUGCUGUUUGAGUAUGUCAUCUGUGCUGUAGCUACACAAGGAAAUCCAAGGGCCAAUGAGUGGACAACGAAGUACAAGUUACAGUCAUCACUUAAAGAUACCAACUUUCUCACCUAUCAGGAAAACAGUGUUUAUAAGGUCUUCAAUGGAAAUUCUGGAAAAAAUGACAUUGUAAAACAGAGUCUCAAUGAAUUUGUUAGUGCAAAGUAUAUCCGCUUCCAGCCAACAGCUUUUUCAGGAUAUAAGGGUUUGAGAGUGGAAGUGUAUGGAGUACGAGUAGCUCAAGUUCCAUCACAACCCCCUGGUAACUUUGCAGUGAUUGCAAAGUCCUCAACUAGCAUUACAGCGUCGUGGCAGUUACCACCUGAAUAUGCCAGACAUGGAAUCAUUACAGGAUUUAAAUUGUUUUACAAAGAAAGAGGCUCCCAAGCAUCAGCAACCCACUUGACCAUUAGAAAUGGAGCUACACUGAGUAGGGUUGUCACGGGGCUUGAAAAAUACACAUUUUAUGAAUUCAACGUGUUAGCCUUCACCUCUCAUGGGGAUGGACCAAAGAGUUCCUCUGAGGUGAAAAGAACAAUGGAAGAUGUUCCAUCACAAGCACCUGGUAACUUCAGUGUAACUGCUAUUAGUUCAAGCAUUAUUACAACAUCAUGGCAGUUACCACCAGCUAACUCCAGACAUGGAAUCAUCACAGGAUUUAAGUUGUUCUACAAGAAGAAAUCGUUCUCAGGGUUGGCAACCAUGUUCACUGUGAAUGAUGGUUCACUUCGUAACAAAACUGUGACUGGAUUGGACAAGUACACAGAGUAUGAAUUUCAAGUGUUGGCCUUCACUUCUGUUGGUGAUGGACCAAAUAGUUCUGUUGAGGUGACAAGAACAAAGGAGGAUGUUCCUUCCCAGCCUCCACGUAAUUUCACAGUGACCUCAUGGUCUUCCUCCAGUGUUGACGCAACAUGGACAUCACCACCAGCAAACUCCAUACAUGGAUUAAUCAGAGGAUUUAAAUUGUUUUACAAAAAGAAAACCUCUGCCACCUCAGCAACAUCUUUAACUAUCAACAGUGGAGCGAGCCCUUCUAUACAUUUUUAUCUCGCCGGACUUGAGAAGUACACAGAAUAUGAAUUUCAAGUGUUGGCCUUCAAUUCAGCUGGUGAUGGACUAAAAAGUUCUGUUAAGGUUGAGAGAACGAUGGAGGAUGCUCCUUCGAGUGCCCCAACUAACUUCACCGUGACUGCAAGCUCUCCUAAUAUUAUUACAGCAUCCUGGCAGUUCCCACCAGCAGACUCUAGAAAUGGAAUAAUCACUGGAUAUAAAUUGUUCCACAAAAGAAAGAACUCGGGAGCACCAGCAGACAUAAUAACUAUAAACAGUGGAGCAACUCAUACAACAAAUGUCAGUGGGCUUAUCAAGUACACAGAGUAUGAAUUUCAAGUACUGGCUUUCACUUCUGUUGGUGAUGGACCUAAAAGUUCUGUUAAGGUUAUUAGAACAGUGGGAGAUGUUCCUACGACAGCACCUUCCAACUUCGUUGUUACUGCAAGCUCUUCUACCAGUAUAACAGCAUCCUGGAAUUUACCACCAGCAGGCUCCAGACAUGGAUUAAUCACAGGAUUUAAACUGUUUUACAAAGAGAGAGGCUCUUCAGGGUCAGCAACCCUCAUGUCCAUUAACAGUGGAGCAACAUUUAGUAAAAUCGUUACUGGGCUUGAUAAGUACACAGAAUAUGAAUUUCAAGUGUUGGCCUUUACUUCUGUUGGCGAUGGACCAAAAAGUUCUGUUAAGGUUGAGAGAACAAUGGAAGAUGCUCCUUCAAAGCCCCCACGUAGCUUUACUGUGACAGCAAGCUCUUCAACCAGUAUUAGAGCUUCUUGGCAGUUACCACCAGCCGACUCCAGAUAUGGAAUUAUCACAGGAUUUAAAUUGUACUAUAAAAAGAAAGGUUCUCUAGGUUUAGCUGCCAUGGUAACUAUUAACAAUGAAACAAUCCGUGUUGAAGAUGUGUUUGGGCUUGAAAAGUACACUGAAUACGAAUUUCAAGUGUUGGCCUUCACUUCCGCUGGUGAUGGACCUAAGAGCUCUGUUCUUGUGGAAAGAACGAAUGAGGAUGUGCCAUCACAGGCUCCAAGUAACUUCACUGUUGUUGUAAGUAGCUCCAUCAGUGUUACAGCAUCUUGGAAGUUACCACCAAAGAGUUCAAGAAAUGGGAUCAUCACGGGAUUUAAAUUGUUCUACAAAGAGAAGUCUUUGUCAGGGUUGGCAACCACGUUAAGGAUAAACGAUGGAGCUAGUCGCAACAAAACUGUCACUGGAUUAGAUAAGUACACAGAAUAUGAAUUUCAAGUUUUGGCCUUCACUUCUGUUGGUGAUGGCCCAAACAGUUCUGUAAAGACAGGGAGAACAAUGGAAGAUGUUCCUUCAAAAACACCACUGAACUUCACUGUGGCUGCAAACUCUUCAACCACUAUCAUGGCAUCUUGGCAAUUACCACCAGCAAACUCCAGAAAUGGAAUAAUUAAAGGAUUUAAAUUGUUUUACCAGGAAAAAAGUUCUGCGGGGUCAGCAACUAGCUUGACCAUUGACAGUAGAUCGACAUUGAAGAGAGUUUUCACUGGGCUUGAUAAAUACACAGAAUAUGAGUUUCAAGUGUUGGCCUUUACAUCUGCUGGUGAUGGACCAAAAAGUUCGGUUAUAGUGGAGAGAACAAUGGAAGAUGUUCCAUCAAAGGCUCCAAGAAACUUCACCAUAAUCGUAUUGAGUUCUACCAGUAUUACAGCCUCUUGGCAAUUACCGCCUGCAGACUCUAGGAAUGGAAUCAUCACAGGAUUUAAAUUGUUUUACAAAAAGAGAGGCUUUGUAAUGUUUCCAUCUACAAUAACUAUUACAAAUGAAACAACCCGCUCCAGAAAUAUCGGUGGGCUUGAAAAGUACACAGAAUAUGAAUUUCAAGUGCUGGCCUUCACUUUGGUUGGGGAUGGAGAAAACAGUUCUGUUGUAGUGGAGAGAACAAAUGAAGAUGUCCCUUCCUAUGCCCCAGUUAACUUUACUUUAGCCCCGAGAGAUUCUACCAGUAUUACAGCAUUGUGGCAGUUACCACCACCAGGCUCCAGACAUGGAAUCAUCUUAGGAUUUAAAUUGUUCUACAGAAAGACAGGAUCUCUCAGGUUACAAACAGUGCUAUCUAUUAGAAAUAGAACAACUCGCACUGUACCUGUCACUGGGCUUGAUAAGAACACGGAAUAUGAAUUUCAAGUGUUGGCCUUCACUUCAGUUGGUGAUGGACCAAAGAGUUCUGUUGAAGUAGAGAGGACUAAAGAGGAUGUUCCAUCCACAGCACCAAGCAAUCUCACCGUGAUUGUCAACAAUUCCACCACUGUAACAGCAUCCUGGAGACUGCCACCAGAAAUUGCUAGAAAUGGAAUCAUCAGAGGAUUUAGAUUGUUAUACAAAAAGAAGGACUCUGGAGGGUUGCCAGCAAUUUUGAAUAUUAGCAACGGAACAAUUCACAGUCAAGUCGUAACUGGGCUUGAUAAGUACUCUGAAUAUGAAUUUCAAGUAGUGGCUUUCACAUCUGUUGGUGAUGGACCCAAAAGUUCUGUUGUGGUCAAAAGAACAAAGGAAGAUGUUCCAUCACAAGCCCCGGCUAACUUAACUCUUACUUCAAGUAGUUCUACCAGCAUUACAGCAUCCUGGCAGUUACCAUCAGUAAACUUCAGAAAUGGAAUAAUCAGAGGAUUUAAAUUGUUUUACAAGAUGAAAUAUUUUCCUGGAAAACAAGCCGUUUUAACUAUUUUAAAUGGUACAAGUCUUUCUAAAGAGUUCAUAGGGCUUGCUAAAUACACAGAGUACGAGGCUAGCAUCUUGGCUUUUACUUCUGUUGGUGAUGGACCAAAGAGUGAGGUCAAGUUGGUGAAAACAAACGAGGAUGUCCCUUCCGAAGCUCCUGGCAACUUCAGUUUGACUCCAACUAGUUCUACGAGUAUUACAGCAUUCUGGCAGUUACCACCGGCGGACUCUAGAAAUGGGAUCGUCAGAGGAUUUAGAUUGUUUUACAAAAAGAAAGACUCGGUGGGAUUGCAAACAUUAGUAUCUGUUGAAAACGGGACAACACGCAAUAAACUUGUCAUUGGGCUUGAUAAGUACACGGUUUAUGAAUUUCAAGUGUUGGCCUUCACUUCCGUUGGCGAUGGCAUGAACAGCUCUAUUGUGGAGGAAAGAACAAAAGAAGAUGUCCCCUUCAUAGCCCCAAGCAACCUUACUGUGACAGUGAUAAAUUCUAGCAGUGUAACAGCAUACUGGCAGCUUCAACCAGAAAUUUCCAGCAAUGGAAUCAUCAGAGGGUUUAAAUUAUUCUACAGAAAAAACAGCUCUGUAGGGUUGCCGUCCAUUCUGACCAUUAAAAACGGAACAAUUCACAGUCAAGAUAUCACUGGGCUUGAUAAGUACACAAAGUAUGAAUUUCAAGUGUUGGCCUUCACUUCUGUUGGUGAUGGACCGAAAAGUGCUGUUUUGGUUGAGAGAACGAGGGAAGAUGUUCCCUCGCAAGCCCCCGCUAACUUUACCGUGACUUCAACUUCUUCUACUAGUAUUACAGCAGCCUGGCUGUUACCACCGAUGGACUCCAGGAAUGGAAUUAUCACAGGAUUUAAGCUGUUUUACUGGAAGAAAGGCUCUGCGGGGAAAGAGACUAAGCAAAUUGUUGAAAAUGGUACUAGUCGUUCGAAUACAUUGACAGGGCUAGAUAAAUACACAGAGUAUGAGUUCGAGUUAUUGGCUUUCACUUCUGUUGGUGAUGGACCAAAGUCGUUAGUCAAGGUUGCGAGGACAAAUGAAGAUGUUCCGUCGAGAGCUCCGGGCAACUUCACUCUAACUCCAGCUAGUUCUACGAGCAUGAGAGCAUCGUGGGAGUUACCACCAGAACAGUCUAGACAUGGAAUCAUUACAGGAUUCAAAUUGUUCUUCAAACUGAAAGACUCUGCAGGAUUGCAAACUUUAGUAACGAUUACAAAUGGAACUGAUCGUAGUAAAGUUGUUGCAGGGCUUGAUAAGUACACAGAAUAUGAAUUUCGAGUGUUGGCCUUCAAUUCUGUAGGCGAUGGACCAAAGAGCUCCGUUCGUAUCGAGAGAACAAAUGAAGAUGUUCCAUAUACAGCACCUCGCAACCUCACUGUGAUUGCAAGUAAUUCUACCAGUGUAACAGCAUCUUGGCAGCUCCCGCCAGAAAUCGGCAGAAAUGGUGUCAUCAGAGGACUAAAAGUGAUGUACAGAAAAAUAAGCUCUGCAGCGUUGCUUAGAAUUUUGACCAUUAAUAACGGAACAAUUGAAACUGAAGAUGUCACUGGGCUUGAUAAGUACACACAGUAUGAAUUUCAGGUGUUGGCUUUCACUUCAGUUGGUGAUGGACCAAGAAGUUCUGUUGUAGUUGAGAGAACAAAAGAAGAUGUUCCCUCGCAAGCUCCUGCUAACUUUACUGUGACUUCAAGCAAUUCUACCAGUAUCACAGUAUUUUGGCAGUUACCACCAGCUGACUCCAGAAAUGGAAUAAUAUCAGGAUACAAAUUGUUCUUCAAAAAGAAGGGUUCUGCUGAAAGAUCUACUUCGUUGACUAUUUCAAAUGGGACAACUCACUAUAAAAAGUUGACAGGGCUAGAUAAAUACACAGAGUACGCGUUUCAGUUAUUGGCUUUCACAGCUGUUGGUGAUGGACCAAAGAGUUCAAUAAAGUUUGGCGAAACGAACGAAGAUGCCCCAUCAAAACCUCCGAGUAACUUUACAGUGAAGACAAUCUCAUCUACCAGUAUUGCAGCAUCCUGGCAAUUACCACCAGUAGACUCCAGACAUGGAAUUAUCAUUGGUUUUAAAUUGUACUACAAAAAGAGAGGCAUUCCAAGAUUAGAAACAUCAAUAACAAUUAAAAAUGGAAGGGCUCGUAGCAAACCUGUUACAGGGCUUGCUAAAUUCACAGAAUAUGAACUCCAAGUGUUGGCCUUCACGUCUGUUGGCGACGGACCAAAGAGUUCUAUAAGGGUCGAACGAACAAAGGAGGAUGCACCAUCACAGGCCCCUAGCAACUUCUCCUUAAUUGUGCGUAGCUCCACCGCUAUAACCGUAUCAUGGCAGUUACCACCGGCAGACUCCAGAAAUGGAUUUAUCACAGGAUUCAAAAUUUUUUACAAAAAGAAAAACUCAACAACAUUGCCAGCCUCAAUAACUGUGAGGAAUGGUACAACGGAAAGUGAUGACGUCAUUGGGCUUGAAAAGUAUACAGAAUAUGAAUUUCAAGUGUUGGCCUUUACUUCCGUUGGUGAUGGACCAAAGAGUAACGUUAGGAUUAAGAGGACAAAAGAAGAUGUUCCAUCAAAAUCUCCAAGCAAUUUCACUGUGGCCGCAAGUUCCUCAUCCAGUAUUACAGCAUCAUGGCAGUUACCACCCAAGGACUCUAGAAAUGGAAUUGUCAGAGGAUUCAAAUUGUAUUACAAAAAGAGAGGCUACACGGGGCUACCUAACACUUUAAUCAUUGGGAAUGAGACGAUUUGUACUAAAGCUGUUAUUGGACUAGAAAAAUACACAGAAUAUGAAUUCCAAGUUUUGGCCUUCACUUCUAUUGGUGAUGGACCUAACAGCUCUGCUGAAGUUGCAACAACAAAGGAAGAUGCUCCUUCUAAAGCUCCAACUAACUUCUCUGUGACAGCGAGCAACUCUACCAGUAUCACAGCAUAUUGGCAGUUACCACCAGCAGACUCCAGAAAUGGAAUCAUAACAGGGUUUAAAUUGUUCUUCAAAAAGAGAGGCUCUGCAGGAUUACCGGUGGCUUUAACUAUAAGCAACGGACAAAUUAAUUUUAAACGUGUUAACGGCCUUGAUAAAUACUCGGAGUAUGAAUGUCAAGUCUUGGCCUUCACUACUAUUGGUGAUGGACCGAGGAGUGCUGUCGUUGUCGAGUCAACAAUGGAAGAUGUUCCAUCGCAACCUCCAAGAAAUUUCAGCGUGACCGCAAACUCGUCCACUAGUGUUACAGCAUCCUGGCAGUUACCAUCUGUUGAAUCCAGACAUGGAGUCAUUAUUGGAUUUAAAUUAUCCUACAAAAAGAAAGAUUCUGUUGCAACACCAAACAUUCUGAAUAUCACAAAUGGAUCCGUCGAGAGCAAAGAGAUCACUGGGCUCGAUAAAUACACAGAAUAUGAAUUUCAAGUGUUGGCCUUCACUUCUGUUGGUGAUGGGCCAAAAAGCCCUGUUCUUGAUAGGAGAACAAAGGAAGAUGUUCCUUCAGAAUCCCCGGAUAACUUCACUGUAGUAGUGAGCUCUUCCACUAGUAUUACAGCCUCUUGGCAGUUACCGCCCAGUGACGCUAUGAAUGGAAUCAUCACAGGAUUCAAACUUUUCUUUAAAAAGAAAGAACUUAUAGAUCCACCAAUUGUUUUAACUAUAAACAAUAGAACAAGUCGCCAUCAAAGAUUCACAGGGCUGGAUGAGUACACAGAAUAUAAAUUUCAAAUUUUGGCGUUCACAUCUGUUGGUGAUGGACCGAACAGUUCUGUACAAGUGAAAAGGACUCUAGAAGAUGUUCCUUCGGGGUCUCCCACUAACUUCACGGUGACAGCAAGCUCUUCUACCAGUAUCACGGCAUCUUGGCAGUUACCACCAGCAGACUCCAGAAAUGGAAUCAUGGUAGGAUUCAAAUUGUUUUACAAAAGAAAAAGCCCUGGGGAAGCAGCAACCAUGGUAAUUAUCAACAACGGAACAGCCAGCACUAAAGAUGUUACAGUGCUUGCUAAGUACACAGAAUAUGAAUUUCAAAUUUUGGUCUUCACUUCUGUUGGCGACGGCCCAAACAGUUCUGUUAAGAUUGAACGAACAAGAGAAGAUGUUCCAUCGAAAGCUCCGAGCAAUUUCACUGUGACUGCUAGCUCUUCUACCAAUAUUACUACAUCCUGGCAGUUACCACCAGAGGACGCCAGAAAUGGAAUUGUCCGGGGAUUUAAAUUGUACUACAAAAAGAGAGGCUCCAUCGGGUUCCCAAUUACUUUAACUAUUAGAAAUCAGACGAUUCGCACUAAAGAUGUCAUUGGAUUAGACAAAUACACAGAAUAUGAAUUUCAGGUGUUGGCCUUCACUUCUGUUGGCGAUGGACCAAAGAGUUCUACCGAAGUCGCAAGAACAAAGGCAGACGUGCCUUCGAGAGCUCCGCGUAACUUCUCUUUGAAGGCCAGUAAUUCUACCAGUAUCACAGCAUACUGGCAGUUACCACCAGCAGACUCCAGAAAUGGAAUCAUCACAGGAUUUAAAUUGUUCUUCAAAAAGCAAGGCUCUGCAGGAUUACUGGCAGCUUUAGCUUUAAGCAAUGGACAAAUUCGUUUUAAGCAUGUGACUGGGCUUCAUAAAUACUCUUGGUACGAAUUCCAAGUGUUGGCCUUCACUUCUGUUGGUGACGGACCAAGGAGUUCUGUUGUUGUGGAGAGAACAACGGAAGAUGCUCCGUCCCAACCUCCAAGGAACUUAAGCUUGACCCCAAGCUCUUCCACGAGUGUUACAGCAUCCUGGCAGUUGCCAUCUGUUGAAUCCAGGCAUGGAGUUUUAAUAGGGUUUAAAUUAUCGUACAAAGAGAAAGUUUCUCUGGCAACACAAGUUAUUCUGAAUAUCACAAAUGGAACAGUUGAGACAAAAGACAUCAGUGGGCUCAAAAAGUACACAGAAUAUGAAUUUCAAGUGUUGGCGUUUACUUCUGCUGGGGAUGGACCAAAAAGCUCUGUCGUUGUUGUGAGAACAAAUGAAGACGUUCCUUCAAGGUCUCCGGAUAACUUCACUUUAGUAGUGCGCUCAUCCAUUAGUAUAACUGCAUCUUGGCAACUACCACCAGUUCACGCCAGGAAUGGAAUCAUCAGAGGAUUCAAAUUGUUCUACAAAAAGAAAGGCUCCAUAGAUCCACCAAUUACUUUAACUAUUAGGAAUAGCACAAGUCGCUAUGCAAUGGUCACUGGGCUAAAUGUGUACACAGAAUAUGAAUUCCAAAUAUUGGCGUUCACAUCUGUUGGUGAUGGACUGAACAGUUCUCUGGAGGUGAAAAGGACAGCGGAAGAGGUUCCUUCCAAAGCUCCAGAAAAUUUUACCGUGACUGAAUGUAGGUCUACAAGUAUUACAGCUUAUUGGCAACUACCACCAGCAGACUCCAGAAACGGGAUCAUCGCAGGAUUUAAAUUAUUUUACAAAAGAAAGGAUUCUGUAGCUUCACCAACAAUAAUAAUUCUUAACAAUGGGAAGAUCCACGCUGAGAAUGUCACUGAGCUUGAUGAGUUCACAGAAUAUGAAUUUCAAGUGUUGGCCUUCACUUCAGUUGGUGACGGACCAAAAAGCUCUCUUGAAUUGGCAAAGACAGCGGAAGAUGUUCCCUCGAGCGCUCCAAUUAACUUUACUUUGUCUGCAAACUCUUCUACCAGUAUCACAGCGCGCUGGCAGUUACCACCAGUUGAUUCCAGAAAUGGAAUCAUUACAGGAUUUAAAUUAUUUUGCAAAAAGAGAAACACCACCUUGGAACCGACUAGCUUUACCAUUCAUAACAGAACAACUAAUACCAAAGUUGUCGCUAAACUCGACGAGGACACAGAAUAUGAAUUUCAAGUGUUAGCCUUCACAUCUGUCGGUGAUGGACCUAAAAGUUCGGUAGAAGUUGAAAGAACAAGGGAAGAUGUUCCUACGGGAUCUCCCGGGAACUUCACCUUGACUGCAAGCUCCUCCACCAGUAUAAUGGCAUCAUGGAAGUUACCACCAGUAGACCUCAGAAAUGGAAUCAUCAAAGGAUUUAAAUUGUUUUACAUAAGAAAAAGCUCUAGAGCACCAGCAACCAUCAUAAUUACCAACAAUGGAACAAUCAAUGCUAAAGAUGUUACAGGACUUGAUAAGUACACAGAAUAUGAAUUUCAAGUGUUGGCCUUCACCUUUGUUGGUGAUGGACCAAACAGCUCCGUGGAGAUUAUUAGAACAAAAGAAGAUGUGCCUUCAAAACCUCCACGUAAUUUUUCUGUGACUGCAAGCUCCUCUACCAGUGUUAAAGCAUCCUGGCAGUUACCACUAGCAAAAUUCAGAAAUGGAAUCAUAACAGGACAUAAAUUGUUGUACAAGAAGAAGGAUUCUGCUUCUUCAGUAACCAUGAGAAUUAUUUAUAAUGCAUCAAUCCAUACUGAGGAUAUCACUGGGCUUGAUAAAUACACAGAAUAUGAAUUUCAAGCGUUGGCCUUCACUUCUGUUGGUGAUGGACCAAAGAGUUCCCUUCAUGUGGAGAGAACAAAGGAAGAUGUUCCUUCCAAAGCUCCGGCUAACUUAUCUGUGACCUCAAAUUCUCCUACCAGUAUUACAAUAUCCUGGCAGCCUCCACCUAAAAAAGAAAGACAUGGAAUUAUCAAAGGAUUUAAGUUGUAUUACAGGGAGAGAAGCUCUGAAGGAACCACAACCAUCGUAACUAUUAACAGUGAAGUAACAUUAAGUAAAGUUGUCAAUGGGCUUUUUAAGUACACAGAAUAUGAAUUUCAAGUCUCGGCCUUUACUUCUGUUGGUGAUGGACCAAAGAGCGUUGUUAAGAUCGAGAGAACAAAGGAAGAUGCACCGAGCUCUCCUCUAUCGUUUUCCUAUAAGGAACUAGCCCCGAAUAAUUUUCAUGGUCCAAGAAUAAACUUGACUUGGAGCAGACCUGCGGAAUCUAAUGGAAUCAUCAGGAAUUACAUUGUGUUUUAUGCAAACCAAGAAGGUGAGACGAAGCAAAGCGUUGGAGGAGACACGUUCAGUUACUUGGUAGAUGUCCUGGGUGGAGUUACUUAUCAUUUCUAUAUCGGAGCUGUAACUGUCAAACCUGGACAGAAUGCGUCAUUGUCUGUGAAAACCAAUGAGUACGAGCCUAGUCAUGGACCAGAAAAUGUAUCGUCUAUCGAAGUUGAUUACACAAAAUAUCAGAUAACCUGGAAUAGUCUGACAAGACAGGUCGCCAAUGGGUUCGUCAAAAUGUAUCAAGUGAGACUUGACUUAAAAGAAAGUUGCACUUCGUUUCACACUUCAUUUAAUUCAACCUUCAACACAUCCAAAACAGAGAUACUGUUGUCCAGUCUCUCAAUGUGCACAAGAUAUAAAGUGUCAGUUAGAGCCUUCACUGAGGCUGGGCCUGGACCCUACAGCCAGUCUUUAGCGAUCCAGACGUUGGGUACAAUUUGGUCUCUUGAGAAGCCCUCUCCGCCAGCAUUUUCUUCGAAUUUUAGUGACGGAGGAAUCAAAGCAAAAAUUACACUCCCAAAUUUCCCAGGAAGUGCAAAAUUUUUUCAAGUCAUCGUCAUAACAUAUUGGUCAAACUACGAUGGUGUCGUAAACCCACCAUCAGAUUUUUCAACACAAGAGCUGAUGACUUAUGAAGAAGCUCACAAAUCUCUACUGCCUGCAGCUUAUGUCACUUUCCAGUUUGGAGGAAAUGAUUUUUACAAACACCAAGAAUUUACUGUAGGAGAUGGAGUCCAAUCAAGCAAUAAAAUAAGAAGCAAGAGAAGUAAUGGCGAAGAGUAUUAUUACAACAAACCAUUGCACCCGAAUACGAACUACAGAGUGUUUCUCAGAGCUUUUGUCUCAGAGACACUGUACACCUCGAGUAGCUUCAUAGUGCUGAAAACCAAAGAUAAACCAGUGGUCAAGGAACUACCAGAAAGGACAACAAUAAUAGUUGGCGAAUUGGCAGAGUUGACAUGUGAGGCCCAUGGAGAUCCAAAACCUUCUGUUACUUGGAGUAAAGACGGAGACACCAGUAUAUCGCGAGCAACGUUUAACAAUGAUGGCCACAUUCUUGUUAUCAGAGACGUGAUAACUCGUGAUAGCGGUCUUUAUGAAUGUACAGCAUCGAACAUGUUUGGAGCGAGCCAUUCAGCAACAACUUUGGUAGUGACUGAAAACCAAAGCAUCUUUCUCAUCGUUGUCAUCGCCUUUUCCUGUGUGGUUUUCGUGUUAUUGGCGAUAAUUUGUGGAAUGGGAUGUAAGUUAAGAAAAGCUAAGCUCAGAUUAAAUGACGCAAAGAAGAAGGCAGACAGUACUAUCUUUGACGACAUCGGUCCACCCGUCUCUUCGUUUGAUGAGCUUACGGCUUCUCCAAAAUCGUGUCUUCAACUCAAGCCCAUGUCUUCAGAAGGCCAAUCGCCUGCAUUUCCUGAUCCUCAAGCUUUGCAGUUUGAAAAUAAAGCAUUCGGCCACCAGAAUAUUGGCUUUGCGAAAGAAAGUCAAGGAAAAGAAAUAGGAGAUACUGGAUGUUGAUUUGGUUUUAUACUUCUACAUACUUCCACACUCUUAUCAGUCGAAUGAUAAAUCCGCUAGGGACGUACUUAUUUCUGUCAAAUGAUUGCCAAGUCAAAAAUGAAUACAAGCUUUGGUAAAGCCACCAAUUCUCUAAAAAAAAUAUUAAAAUACUUUAAUCUUUUUUAGUCCUUAGUUAAAUAUAGAUAUUAGUUGAGAGGGCUACUGUUUACGCUCGCUAGAGGGAGAACUCGAUUUACACUUGGCCUCAGACUGAAUAUUUAGUUUGAAUAUUUGUUGGUCGUAGAGUAUUAACAAGAAAAUUUUUGAAGCCUUAUCAUCCUUUUCUUGAUACCCUUGCAGCAAAUAAGGUAGAUGAUCAUAGAUUAUUUUUGAUAAAUAUUUUUGAGUUAUGAUCAUAUUGGGAUGAAUAGUGUUUGUUGAUUAAGCAAUAGUUAUAAAUCGGAUAGUGUCGUUUUCCCCAUUGUGAUAAACCCUUGUUCCUUGUGCUUCUGAGUUUCAAGCUCUCCUUUCUAAUGAGCAUCUCCUCCUUCGUCCACUGAGUAAAAGAACCGAUCACAGUGGACAGAUGGUCGAGGCAGCUUAAAAGUGUGCGUUCAACAGUGAAAUAGGGUUUUAAAUUCCAUCUUUAUACCAUCAGAUAAAUGCAAUAUAGCUGUUGCAUCAUGCAAGGUGUCACACAAUGUUAACUUGAAUCUUGAGCGUAACAUCUACUUCAAUAAGAUUUGUGAAAACGACGUCAAAUAAACUUAGUGAGACGGUUUCGGACCCCAUUGA